CGAGCUUCGCCGACUGCCCAUCGAGGAAGCUCACACAAUCGAGCCGUCCGGGCGGUCAUGGAGAAGAAAACGCAUAAGGGCGACAAGCCCGACCCCGAGUCGUUAACGAACAGCCCCGGGCGGCCAAAGAAACCACUGAGUACCGGGAAGUACCUGAAGGAUGACCCGGGCUGGCUGGGCCCGUUCAACUCCAUGGUGUGGCAGUUCCCCAACAGCAUGUUGUACAUCACGCUCGUGGUCGGCCUGUGCGUCUACUACACGCUGAGGCAGAAAGGAUACAGCACGUCGCCGUUCAUCGGCGCGGCAGUCGUCGAGGUGCUGCUGAGCACGGACAACAUCUGCCUGUUCCACCAGAUCUUCGAGCACUUCAGGGUGCCCCGCGAGAUCAGGCCCGGCCUCCUGUUCAUCGGAACCCCGUUCAUGGUGCUCAUCCGCGGUCUGCUGUUCUUCGCACUCAAGGGCAUCUAUGAUUACCUCAAGCCCCUGAUGCUGGUGCUCGGAGCCUUCUGCAUGUGGCAGGGCGCGUAUGUCUUUUACCAGACAAUCAUCGGCGAGGAGGAGGACGACGACGACCCCAGCAACUCCACGAUCGUGAAGUGGGCCAAGGGAUGCCUCGGGGGGCGGAUGGUGGACAAAUACCACGGCUCCGCGAUCUGGGUCUACGUCGAGGGGAUCCUUCGGAUCACGCCGAUGCUCCUGGUCAUCGUCGUCAUCGAGCUGACGGAUGUCGCGUUUUGCAUCGACGGGGUGUCCACGAUCUUCAUGGUGGACCACGUGCACGUGUCCACGCUCUUCCUCGGUGAUAUCGUGGCGGCGUGCCUCGUCAGGGCGCUGUACCCGCAGCUCGCGGGCACCGUCGAGCUGUUCCCCGACCUCAACUACUCGGUGGCGUGCGUGCUCGUGCUCGUGGGCGUUGACAUGUGCUCUGGCGUCUUUGGGCACGAUUUCCCCCCAGGGUUCCUCGCGCUCGCGAUGGCGGUGCUCUUCACCCUGGGCAUGGCGUCGUCGGUGAUGCGCGGCGUGUGCAGGAAGGAAGAGGCUGCCGCGGCGGAGGAGACCAAGGCGCUCCUGGGCGACAGCAAAUACGGCGCCACAAAGUAAUUCGCGUCCCGUCGCAAGUGUACUACCCUCAACUCGGGGGGGCGGGCGCACUCGCUCCCCCGGCUGCUACAAAUUCAGCAGCCUCAACCUUUACAACGCGUUGACUGACUUGUGUACAGCCUGAACUACUUUUACGUAUCAUAUUAGGUGCUCU